CACGCGGGCAACCCAACUGCCAACCCCGACUUGACCAUGGCAGACCAGGUUGACUGGGCCGCCCAGGAAAGGGACGACGCCGAUGCGAUCCAGAAACUCUUCAGCCAAGAUCCCACCAACCAGCCGGACAUCUCCCUCGAAGGCCCCAUCGACCAGUCCAAUAAGGCCGACGAUGCCCUCGACUUCGAAGACAUCAGCGACGAUGAUCUUCCCGACGAGGAGGAAGCCGCCAACGGCGGGCUCGAGAACCCCCCUGCCCUGACCAGCGACGGUGGCACGAGCAACGAUAACGACGAUGAUCUGUUCGGCGAUGGUCGGGAAUCCUCACCCUUGGUUGGCGAGCCCGCCCUGUCACCGGGCGCUGCCAUCGCCGACGCCGACCAGCAGGACAUCGAGAUGUCUGGAGCCGACGACCUGGCCGAUCUGCGAGCUCUCAACUUCGACCCCGAGCCUAGCUACCCUAUGGCCAACCAAGACCCUUCUAUCCCCGCAGCCCCCGAGAGUGUUCUCGAUCUCCUGAAGCAGACCUUCCCGGACUUCGAGCGCGGCAAGAUCCUCAACUUCAACGAACUAUUCCCACCGAGAAAGGCGAACUGGGUCGACAAGAAACCUCUGAGGCAGCCCAAGCCGCUCGUCCCCAACAAACUCAGCCUGGAACUCGACGUGGACCAAGAGAAACAGUUCAGGGUUCCCGGGCCCGCCUCGCAGACGACCCUCCAGAAGAUACAGGCUGCCGAGAAGAACGGCUUGGUUUCCUUGCUCGUUCCGGAACCUGUCGAUCCCGUCGACCUGGAGAUAUUCACAGCACAAGACUCCGAUUCGGAGAUGGAGCUCGUUGGGGGCUUCACUCUGCGCGACAUCGAGACGGUCUGCGAGGACUGGGACGACAUAAUCGACCCUCCUCAAAGGCAGCGUCAGGAUUCGCCUGGACUUGCUGUUGCUGAAGAAGAUGAUGACUGGUUCUUGGAGAUGGGUAUCGAUCGCCCUGCUCCUAAGCGGCGCAAGGUCUCCCAUCUUGUAGGACUGCCUGAGAUCUCCCGGUUCAUUGCUCCUUCGUUCGACAAUUUCCACGAUGCAACGGCAAGAAGCGCCAAGCGUGUACGACUGGACAUGAAUGAUCCCUAUCUGCUGAUCGACGACAUGGAGACGGAGCGGCCGACAAAGCGACCCAAGAACAACCAGAAGAUGAAGCGAAUGGCUGAUGGCAAGAUGGCUCAAGAUAUCUGUCAGCGAUUCAAUGUGUCAAACGACGAAGCAUACGAGGCUCUCAAGGAGAACGUGCGCGACAAGGUCAGGGCGACACUGGGUGGCAUUCAGGUCGAGCACAGCAUUCCGGCUCGCAAGCUCCUAUGGCCAUACUACCAGGUCAAGAUGGUUGAUCCAAGCGCAUUCAGCUACCACCGACCUCCAUUCCGGGUAGUCAAACAGGUCAACAAGUCGCUAGGCUGGGCCAAGCCUAGGUGGCACAAGCGCAGAGAUCUCAAGGGCCAGAGGGUGAGCGACAUCUACAAGGAGUCGAGAGACGUAAGUCUCAACGACAACUCGACCGCCGUCCUCUUCGAGUACUGCGAAGAAAUCCCGACCGUCUUGUCGAACUUUGGCAUGGGCAGCAAAGUCGUAAACUACUUCCGUGUCAACAGUGAUGCGGAGGAGAAACCGGCGGAGAAGCCAUCCAUUGGCGAGACCAAGGUCCUACUACCCGAAGAUCGAUCUCCGUUCGCCAACUUUGGAGACGUCACCAAGGGCGAGACAGUGCCAACCUUGCAGAAUCAAAUGUAUCGGGCGCCGAUUUUCAAGCACCAGCCUCGAAAGACUGACUUUCUCAUCGGACGUAUCACGACUUCCAAGGAGGGAAGCCAAUAUUACAUGCGCAGAAUCGAUCACCUGUACGUUGUGGGCCAGAACUUCCCGUCCAUCGAGGUACCGGGCCCCCAUAGCAGGAAGGUCACCAACACGAGCAAGAACCGUCUCAAGAUGCUGUCAUACCGUUUGAUAAUGAAGAAGGGUUUUGUGGCUCUCAACGACAUCACAACCCAUGUAAAGGACUCGAAUGAUGCUCAAAAUCGGCAAAAGUUGAAGGAAUUCCUCUCAUUUAACAAGGAUGCCAGGCACUGGACACUGAAAGAAGGGGAGAAACUGAUGGACCCCGAGACCAUCAACUCGAUGGUGCAGCCCGAGGAUGUAUGCCUGAUGGAUGCCAUGCAGGUCGGAACCUACGAAGUGGAAAAGUCUGGAUUCGCCGUCGACGCCCUGAACCCCGACAAAGAAGCGGGGGAGGGAGAAAGCUUAGCCGUCCACCUGACCCCGUGGAACACAUCCAAGGCCUUCAUAGACGCCACGACCGGAAAGGCAAUGCUGAAGCUCCGCGGCGAGGGCGACCCGACAGGCCGAGGCCUUGGCUUCAGUUUUAUCAGAACAUCCAUGAAGGGCGGCUUCCUCAAUGUCUACCACGAGCAAGGCCCACAGUCCACAUCGGCAGAUGCCCUCGAGCGGGAGCGCAAGGCCAACGGCGGGCACUCGUACAACGUCAAGAAGCAGAACGACGCCUACGCCGAGGUCAUCGCGGACAUCUGGGGCAAGCAGAAGGAGACGCUCAGCGAGGCGGCCGUGCACGACGACGCGGACGUCCAGCCCCAGGACGACGAGGACGACCGCUUCAACGCGCAGCCGGCGGUGGCCGCGACGCCGCGCUUCGACGAGGGCGUGAGCCAGGUCAGCCGCAGCGCCAUCAGCGCGCGCAACGCGCGGCGCAAGCUGCGCAUCGUCCGGACGGUCAGGCAGCCCGACGGGACCGAGAAGGAGCAGGAGGAGGUGAUCGAGGACGCGGGCGUGAUCGCGCAGUACACGCGGGCGCGGCGGGAGCUCGAGGAGGCCGACAUCGACGUCUACAACAUCCAGUGGACGGGCAACGAGGAGCGCGACCGCGUCAUCCGCAGCAAGCUCGAGCAGGAGGAGCUGCGGCUCAAGAAGAACAGGGAGCGCCGGCAGCAGCGGGAGAAGCAGAAGGGCGGCGCCCGCGCGAGCCUCUCCGGGGCGGCGGGCGGCGCGGGCUUCGGGGCGGGCGGCGGCGCGGGCGGCGCCGGCUUCGACGGCGGGUCGGCCAUGUCGCCGGAGCAGCCGUCGAUCGAGAAGGGCGGUACCACGCGCAAGUGUGCCAACUGCGGACUGGUCGGUCAUAUCAAGACCAACAAGAAGCUUUGCCCGAUGCUCAACGGUACCAUGUCCAACAAGGUCGGCGGCGACGACACCACGGGGACGUACGGCGAGACUUAGGAAGGAUGGGAGGACUGUUUCCAGGGAAAGGGGUCCCGCGUCCACCAGCUCAGGCUCGGGUGCCUGUAAAAAAAGGGGGGGCCAAAAAUGGGGAGAGUCUGAGUGGUGGUGUGGUGUGGUGGGGUAUCGUGGUUUUGGUGGUGGUGUGAUUGGGGAAGGAGAAACAAGCCUUGCAGAGGGACGGCUUCCUGCGGUGUUUCUGCCCUUUCCCGCCCUGUCUCCCCCACGUCGUGGUUUAUGUUUAGAAACAUGCAGUUAUGGACAUGCGGGGGUGAUGGGGGGAUGAUGCUGGUGGUGGUGGUGCUGGUGGUGGUGUUACAUCCAAGUCGAGAUUAACGCUAUACAUUAAUACUCUAUACUUGACCGUC